UUCAGUAUUUUCUCUCUAUGUUAGACAAGCACAAGUUUGUACUUACACUGAGUUAACUCUCUUGACAUGGUUUAGUAAAAGUUAUUGUAAACAAGUAUAUGAUCUGCCAUAAAAUUUAUACAGGAUGUAAAUAAAUAACUCUAGAGCUUUCCUCAUAUAAAAUGAUAUGUGAUGAAAUACAAAAUUACGCAUAAAGUGACAUUGAUGACGUUAAGGUUCAGUGUUGUUAUAUUUUCUUCGGGAUUAUUGAUUUCUUAAGUGUUGAAAAUUGAGAAUCGCUCUAGCCGGUGCUAGGAGACGGGAGGAAUGUUGCAUUCAUGUAAAGACUCAAUCCCAAUCAAAUCGAGUCUGCAAUUUUCAUGUAAUUUUGUUUGGAUUAAUGCUUCCGAGGGAUCACACUUUAUCCAGAUUUUAUACUUCACAACAGCAGGUGUAAAGAUCUUUGUGGUAGCUGUAAAAAAUGCCCCUAACUUCACUUCAGUGUUGUUAUAUUUUUUCUGGUCCAUCGGGAUUAUUGAUUCCACCAUUUUUUAGUGUUCAAAAUUAAGUAAAGAUGUAUAUUUACUUAUAAAUAGUUUGUUUUUUUCAUUCGCCUAGUUAAGGAUUAUAUGAAAUAUCAAUCAUUUAUAUCAUAUUCAAUCAUCAGUCCUACUUUUCCCAAGGACGUUGUAAUUGUCAUAUUUCGGUCAUCACACUGAUAACCAAUGUUACCUGUUAAGAAUGAUAGGUCAUAUGCUGACACGACAUUAUCAAACCUGUCUUGACUGGGAUCGUCUUAUCAUCUAUAACACAAAAUGUAAUAGUCCGAGAGCUGGACAAUUGCUUGUAUUUUGAAGACUUUACCUCGCUUCUGUUUCAUCUACAGCUAAUAAGGUACUAGAUACUAGAGGUGAACUUUAUAUGACCGUAGGCGCAAUCAAAAUGAGGAUAACCAUAAUUAUUUCGAUCAUAUUGCUUGCAGCAUUUCUUGAGUCACCUUCAGCGUUUCUUCUCGUCGAUAAUUGUCCAGUGUCGUCACCUUGCACGUGUUCCGGAAGUUCUGGAAGCAGCUACAUAAGAUGUGACAGUAAAAGUUUAUCGAGCAUCCCUACUUUUAAACAAUCAAGUUAUCAUGUUAAUAAGUUAUAUCUGUAUUUUUAUACAAAUAAGUUGAGCAUUAUUUUCAAUAAUGCAUUUAGAAAUUUUAGUUCAAUCAACGCAUCAGAAAUAGAUUUACGACUUGAUGGUAAUAAGAUAAAGACAAUUGAAACAAAUGCAUUUAGUGGGAUUGAAAAUACAACAACAAGUCUUCAUCUGCAAAGCAACAAUCUAACAACUUUACCCUUGGCAAUAGGAAAUCUUUUCAAACUAAGAAGUCUUAAUAUUCUUGAUAACCCUUUGCAUUCACUUGAUGAAUCAGUUAUGUCAAAUAUAGGCAGAAGUUUAACUUCACUUAGCAUAGACCUCAAUCAUUUUACAGAAUGGCCACAUGAACUUCAUUUCCUUCGAGUGUUGCAUUCAUUGUCUGUAACUCACAUACCCUUUUCGCAUUUAGACAUUCAUGCCUUUCAUGGAUUUGAACAGACAUUGAAUUACCUUUACGUUAUUGAAUCUAAACUUGAAAAGGUGCCCUUUGCAAUAUGUUAUCUCAGUCAUCUAUUGUCGUUUGAGUUUAGUUAUAAUAGCAACCUAGAGCAGAAUAAAUCCUCAAUUUUAGAGCCGUGUAGUAAAAAACUGACUUCUGUAUUAAUCUUAAAAUUAGAUUCGAAUAACCUCCAUAUUUUUCCAGAUAUUUUUUCUUUGUUUCCAUCACUAACAUCAGUAUCUCUAUAUAAUAAUAAACUUCAAUAUAUAGAGAACACUAAGGUCCCAAGUAACUCAAAACUUACCUCCUUCAGUUUGCAACUUAACCAUUUUGAAAGAAUACCCUAUGCGUUGAACAAGUUGAAAUCAUUAUCAACAAUUAACAUUUUGGAAAAUCAUAUAACGACAAUUGAAACACCAGAUAUAGCAGGACUAACUUCUUUAACUUCCUUAACUAUUGGUUACAAUCCUAUCACAUAUAUAUCACCAAAUGCAUUCAACCUUAAUUCUUAUCUCAGAAAAAUAAGUUUAGAACAUACAAAUCUUGACCAUGUACCUGUUGCAGUAACAAAUCUCACAUCAAUGCGGCAUUUUUAUCUCAGCGGAAUGCCGAUUGAUUGUACUUGUGACGAUAUGUCAUAUUUAAAACAGUGGAAUGUAUCGAAUAUUGUGACCUUUCGAGCAAAUUGCUCAUCAUCCUCGGAAACUAUUAAAACCUAUAUCUUGAAUGCUCUACAGGCAUGUCCAUAG